AUGGUGCUCGACUUGGCAGUGAUAUGGCUGUUCGUGCUUUCCAGACUCUGCGUCGUUAUUGCUCCAGCAAAAGCAAGUGUCAACUCAUUGCCCCAUUCAUUUAUAUGCCACCUAAGUAUACGGAAAUGCCAAUUCAUCAAUGAACUACAUGCAUAUUCUCAAGUUAAAAAACUGGCGCAAGGUCACCCCUGGAUAACUUUUGCAAUGGUUCGCGAACCAGCAGAGCGUUUCCUUAGCGGUUACCUGUCUAUUUACAAGCCUGGCAUCUGCAAAGAAGGUCGCUUGAAGAAGUUGAGGGCUGUCCUUCUACAAACAUUAAAACUAUCACAAAGAUUCGCAAGUGGAACAUGGGCCGAUAAUAAUUUACUCUGGCAUCUUGGACCUCAGAACUGGCACCUCGAACUACGAAACAAUUUCGACGCAUUCAAACUUAUACAGUACUCAUCAAAAAAUAGGGGAAAGGUAACAGCCGAUCUUCGAGAUGUGCUAACAGAAGGAGGAGUGGAUUUCUCACAAAUCGAGCUCAUCAUUUCUCAAGUAUCCAAUGGUACAACACGCCAUGCUACCUAUUACUAUGAGGAAACGGCUGAGUAUGAAAAACUAAUGCAAGAUGCAGAGAUACAAGAGCUGCUAACAAAGAUAUUCUUCUGGGACUAUGUGCUAUUCAAUUUUCCUUUGCCACAACUGCGGAAUGACACCUUUGAAGAAAGUUCAUAA